UCUUGAUUCUUGAAUGCGCUCAGCAGCCUAAAGAUACGACGGAGAUAUGGAUAGUCAGCGCUUUCAGGCGGAGCCACCAUUUACCCAGUCAAACAAUACUCAAAUCCCUCCAUCUCCAUCUCCAUCUCCCUUCUUUUUCUGCCUCUCAUUCUUUCUCCUAUAAUCCCUUUGCUUAUCUUUCACCUGUUCAAGAUCACAAAUGAACCAAGAAUACAUAGUAUCGCUGCACCUUUGUAUAUUCAGUUUUGUCCUUCUGGCAGCGAAAUCUUAUUCUGUUGCUGCUGCUGAUCUACAAUAUGAAGCCUGUGAGUCGAAGAAAUGUGCCCAUGGCCCAGAAAUAAAGUAUCCCUUUUUUCUUCAAGGCCAGCAUGAAUCUUAUUGUGGUUUCCCAGAGUUCAACAUCAGUUGUGAUGGGCAGGGCUAUCCGAUUCUUCGCAUACCUGAAAAUGAUUAUGUAGUUGACAACAUUUCCUAUGACAACAAUUCUUUUCGGGUUUAUAAUUCUGCCGUUUCAGGAAUGGAGGCUGGUUGUCUUCCUGAUAUUAAGAAUCUAACGGUGACAAAUGGGAGUUUGAGUGUUUGGUUGAGGUUGGGUACUGAAUCAAGAAUCAAUAUAUUGCGGAAUUGCAGUGAAUCAAUUGUAGAGCGUCUUUGGAGGUACAAGGUUGGUUGUAAUGAUUGGGGGUUGGUAUUGUUUGAAGGUAGUGGAAACUUGAAAUCUGCGUUGCAGGAUUGCAAAGAGAAUGUGUUGGCACCAGUGGAGAUAAGGGAAGAUGAUAUAACUGAUAGAAGUGGUGUGGUGAACUAUGAUUUGUUAUUGAAAAGGGGAUUUGAGUUGAGAUGGAAUGUAAGUAGUUGCAAAGAAUGUGCAGAGAGUGGAGGGCGGUGUGGGUUUAACGCCACCACUCUCCACUUCUUGUGUUUCUGUCCUGACAGGCCUCAUGCCGCGAGAUGCAAACCUGAACCCGUUGUAGCAGAUGGAACUCCAAAAAGUAAAAAGAAGCUGAUUUUAAUAGCAGUUUUUGGAGCAAUUAUAUUGAUCCUCGCUUCGACUCUGGUGGUGGUUUUUGUUCUUUGCCGUCUCAAGAAGGGAGGUUGGGGUUCUUCACGGUUCUUUCGUCGUAGCACUAGCACAUCUUCUGAUCUCUCAUUGAAACGAGACCUUGAACAAGAGAGUAAAUACCUUGGGGUUCCUAUCUUCUCUUACUCUGAACUUGAAGAAGCAACAAACAAUUUUGAUCCUUCCAAAGAACUUGGAGAUGGGGGGUUUGGAACUGUUUACUAUGGGAAACUUCGGGAUGGAAGGGAAGUUGCUGUGAAGCGGCUAUAUGAGCACAACAACAAGAGAAUGGAGCAAUUUAGAAACGAAAUUGAGAUUCUCGCCUCCCUAAGACACCGUAGUCUUGUAACCCUUUAUGGUUACACGUCAAGGCACAGUCAUAAACUGCUCCUCGUUUACGAAUACAUCCCUAAUGGAACAGUUGCUGAUCACCUCCACGGGGAAAGAGCGACAGAUGGAUCGCUCACGUGGCCUAUCCGCAUGAACAUUGCAGUGGAAGCCGCUAGUGCUUUGGCUUACCUCCAUGCUUCUGGCAUAAUACACCGGGAUGUGAAGACUACCAACAUUCUCCUCGACGAAAACUUUUGUGUGAAAGUUGCAGAUUUCGGGCUUUCAAGACAAUGCCCCAGUAAUGCCACACACGUCUCCACUGCACCCCAAGGAACGCCUGGAUAUGUUGACCCCGAGUACCACGAGUUCUACCAGCUCACCGAUAAGAGUGAUGUUUACAGUUUCGGUGUGGUUCUUAUUGAGCUCAUUUCAUCGAUGCCCGCUGUGGAUAUAACUAGGCAUAGACAUGAGAUCAACUUGUCAAACUUAGCCAUGAAUAGGAUAGUCCGACGUGCAUUUGAUGAGCUGAUCGAUCCGUGUUUGGGGUUUGAGACGGAUACCGAAAUUAUGAGGAUGACUACUUGUGUGGCUGAGCUAGCUUUUCGAUGCUUGCAACACGAGAAGGAUAUGAGGCCUACAAUGGAUGAAGUCCUGGAAACAUUGAAGGAGAUUCAAGGGUGUGGGGUAAAAAGCAACGUGGAACGAGAGACGAGUAAUAAUAAUAAUGUAUCAGGAAGUGUACAAGUCCCUCCUUCACCUGAAUCAGAAGAUGCCAUAUUGUUGAAGGGGAUUAGAUUGGCAGUUUCCCCGAUUUCUGUGACUGAUAAGUGGGUUAGUAGUUCUACUUCAACCAGCAACAGUGGGUGAUUCUUACUUUGCUUCUUUAAUAGUUUUUGAUUUGAUUUUUGUUUAAACAUACACCCACUGAAUUGUUUGUAAAUUAUGAAGCGCAUUAGUUAGUUUGUGGUUCAUUUGGUUUAAGUGUAGUGGUUCCCUUAUACAGGUUCUAAAGGUACAGCCUGACAGGGAAAACAUUAGGGAAAGUCAUGUUAUUCCUAUAGAAACAAAAGUAAUUGCAAAGUGUUCAUAUA